GCAUCCCUCCUUAUAUUUUAUUUCCGGUGGUUCUGCUUAAGUUAUCGCUCGUGGUGAAAUAAUGCACGGAGGGGCACCUGGGGUCUCCCUCCACCAUCAUAGCUGAACAGUCGUCAUAUGACCUAAAUUUGUGUCGGUACUACGUUAAACAACUGGCUCAUGGAAAACUUAAUAUGGUAGAAUUCAAAAUACCAUGAUAUUGAAAGAUACACUCACAAAUGUUAUUCAUUAUGUUAUCUUCCGAAAAUGAUUUAUAUAAUGUGAAUUGAACCAUUUAAUUAAUCAUUCAUGUUUCCAGUUACAUUUUUUAUCACUUUUAGUUUCUAAACCUACCCUUUUUGCAAAAACGUCAGUAUCAAAUAUAAUGUCUAUUUAACAUAAAACGGUCAUAUUUUAUAAAAUCUUUCAAAUGAUUGGAAAGAUAUGCAAAUUUUUGUUUUUCAAAUAUCAUGCGUCGCUACGACUGUCCGAGUCAAGGUAAUGUUUAAAAGGUACUUUCUGUUGCUCGUUUGGUAUUUUGUAACUAACGAAAUACCUGAAAUACCUUACAACUGUCACUUUUUAUGAAUGUUCUUUUCUCUCUUUCUCUUUGUGUACUGAUUCGUGAAAAGAAGGAUGGAUUUAGUUGAACUUUUAUACUCGGGUAUACAAUCGUUAUAUCCAGGUCAAGAGUGAAUUGUUGAAGUUCAUAAUAUCUUUGCAAGAGUUAUUGUCCUGUUGUGACUUAAAGUUCAGCACAAUGUCGACACUUGAAAUGAUGAAUAUAAAUAAUUUUAGUACACAUGUGUAUAUAUGAUUAUAAAAUACAGGCCAAUUUUUGUUCGGUUACAAUCCUCAAAAUUUCGGAGUAAUGUUCAUUUUUCGACUUAAAGUUUGUAUAUAAUGAUUUUUAUUACUUAAAAUAAGGGUAUAUUUUGCUCCCUCUUCAUAUAUUGUUUAUAUUGCAUCGACUUUAUAUGAUCUAUAGCGUCUUUUUUAGACAAAGAGAUUACAGUAUCGGCUGAUAACAUAGAGUUAGACACGUUCAAAACUGACAUAGGCAACGCUUGGAGAACACUUGUGAGUUAUAUGAUUCCAGAUCCUAUACUGGACUGUUCUUUAGAGUUCAAAUUAUUUGGUUUUGGAAAGACAAGACAUAUAAAGGAAAACAAGGGCACAUUGGAAAAGAACAGGGAAAUUCUGCGUAAAGUAAGAUCUAAGGGUGCAGUUGGUUAUAACAGCUUUAAGAAAUGUCUGAUAAACACGAAACAGAUGUUAUUGGUCGAAUUGCUGGAAUGUAUUGAAAACGGUGAAGACACUAACGUUUUGGAGAACAAUCUUUUUUACGAGAAGGUCAAAACAAAAGUGGUUCAAGAAAUGCCAUCAGCUCCAAAACAACUAAUAAUUAGUGAAGUAACAUCUGAAUCAUGUCAGCUGCACUGGCAAAAGCCAGAGAGCAAUGGAGGUAGCAGCAUAAAAGGCUAUCUGGUUCAGAUGCGUGAAGCAAACAAAACAGACUGGAUAGAUGCCAGUACAAGUGUUUCAACUCACAUUGUGAUCAGCAGCUUAAAGAGAAAGAGGCAGUAUUUGUUUCGUGUAGCAGCAGAAAAUGAAUAUCUUACCGGAGAAUUCGCAGAAAUUGUUGGGCCUAUAACUACAACUGAUGUUGAAAAACUGGAGGAAGAUUUCAUAGAUCUCUACAGGAAAAUGUGUGAAGAAAUAGAGCCAGGAACAUGUAAAUAUGAGUUAUGCUGUCAAAUUGUUGAACUGCUUCUUAAACGAUCGUUUGAAAAACAUCCGGACAUGCAACAGUCGCGCGAACAAUCCAUGAGUGAUAUCCCACAAUGCUUCAGUGAACAUGAACAUUCUAAGAAACAUUACCUACUUCUGAAGGCUUUAGGACAAUUAGCAUUUGAAACGUUAUUCAGUGAAACAAAGGCGAGCACUCUUGUGUUUAACCAGUCAAUGACAGAGAAACACCUAACACCAGAGAAUUUGAAACUAAGUCUUGCCUCGGGACUGUUAACACAAAGUACAGAAAAGACAUUCACAAAACAAAUUUCCAAGUUUUCAUUCUCGCACGAAACAGUAAAGAAUUUUUUCUGUGCAUUGUACUUUAGCUGUCAAAAUGAAAGUGAUGUCAAAGAAAUCUUUCUGAAGGAAUGCAAAAGUUUGCAAAGGAUUCUUGACAUGUCGACAGUGCUUGUUUUCAUCAGUGAAAUGAAUGAAGAAAUCAUUUCUUCAAUAUCUCGCAAUUUUAUGUCAGUAAUCAGUGAAGAUAAGAGAACGAGCGAAUACAGAACUACGAGUGAUGAGUACUGUGGACCUCUGAAAGACAUACAAGACAUGUACAUUUCUUGUAUGAAAGAAAACACGAGCAAUAAGGAACUCAAAAUUUGCUGCCAAGAUUUUUUCUUUAGCGAAGAUUGUAAAGAAGAAAAAUACUUUAACCAUUUAACGCAGCUCUCAGUGGACAAUAAAAACAACAUGGCGUCAAUAAAUAUCAACACAGACCGUGUAUUUGGUUGUGGUCGUAGUUUACGUGAAAUUAUUGAUUGUUGUGAUCUAGUUGAUCCGUUCAGCGUCAAUAAAAUAUACUACGAGGGUUACGGUGAAAACGCGCUACUUCCUGUACUGUUAAACAAGUCAACGAAAUGUCUCACUGUUAGAUCGCCUUUUGGUUCUUGGAGUCGUGAAAUGUUGGAAACAUUACAGAAUAAUUCUCAGUUACAAGCAAUUUAUAUCUUAGGUAGUGGAGAAACUUUCACACAAAGUCACAGUAAAAAUAGUCGGGAGUCAGAGAGAACGGAAAACAGAGUUUAA